UGAAUGGUUAUUUGAGCAGUCUGUGACCUCUUAAACAAAAUGUGUAACGUUUUUCCUGCCUGUCUUUAUUAUCUCUGACUGGUUCCAAAUGUGUUUCAGUUACAGUAUUAGUAAACCAGCUUCAAACAGUUUCAAUGUUUGUUCCACAGUUGUGUUUGGUGUUGAGAUCAAUGAGAUACACACAAUAUCAGUGAUGGAGGGAGAUUCUGUCACUCUACACACUGAUGUUACUGAAAUGCAGAGAUAUAAUGUGUUUCUGUUGAUAUUUGGACCUCAAAGCACUCAUAUCACUAAAAUCAACACAAUGAGUCCACAAUGAGAGGUUUCAUGUUACUUUAUUUGUUUUUGACCUUCGUUGGGUUCUUUAGUGGGUUUUGAAUUGUUUACAUCCACAUUCAUAUCAACAUGUUUUAUGUGUUUCUGUUUCUUUAUAAAAUGAAGAGGACACACUGAAAUCCACAGAAGGAGAAUCUGUCCGUCUGCAGACCGGUGUUACUGAAAUACAGAAAGAUGAUCUGAUACUUUGGAAGUUUGAACCUAGAAAUGCACUUAUCGCCAAAAUCGAUGGACAGACCAAUGAGAGCAUUGUUUACAAUGAUGAUGAUGGAUUUAGAGACAGAUUGGAGCUGGACGAUCGAACUGGAGAUCUCACCAUCAUGAACACUAAAAGCACUGACUCUGGAGUUUACGAACUGCAGAUCAAAAAGGGCAGAAAUAAAGACUUAUACAAGAAGUUCAACGUUCUUGUUUGGUUGAACACACUGAAAUAUACAGUUGGAGAUUCUGUCACUCUACAAACUGGUGUUACUGCACUGAACAAAGAUGACCGGAUACUGUGGAAGUUUAGUGAUGAAGACAUUUUCAUAGCUGAAAUCAACCGAGCCACCAAUCAGACCAAAUUAUACAAAGGUCCUGAUGGCAGAUUCAGAGACCGACUGCAGUUAAACCAGAGAACUGGAGAUUUGACCAUCAGGAACAUCAGCAGAGCUCAUUCAGACGUUUAUACACUUCAAAUCACCAGCGGCAAAAAGAGCACAUGCAAGAGAUUCAUGGUUAUUGCUCAUGAGAAGACUGAGUCUGGGAUGGAGGGAGAAUCAGUCAGGCUAGACAACGAUAUUGAAAUACAAAAAGAUGAUCUGGUGCUGUGGAUGUUUGGACCUGAAGACAGUCUCAUCGCUAGAGGAGAAAUAAAUAAAGCACUUUUCGGUACAAGUUUCAAUACAAGCUUCUCCACUGAAGAGAAAUUCAGAAACCGACUGAACCUGGAUCAGUCUGGAUCUCUGACCAUCACGAACAGCUCAACUGAACACUCUGGAGUUUAUAAACUAUUGAUCAUCAGCAGCCGAGAGACCAAAUACAAGAGAUUCAAAGUUACAAUCUGUGGUGAGUGACAUGGUGAUCUUAUAUAGUGUGCCUUUAUUUGGA